GAAUAUCAACCGAACCGCUAUCUGCUUUCCACCUUCGCACACUUUACCACGAGUCUCAUUCAAACUGUUCGUACAGUUACGGCAAGGAUCCACUCUUAUGAACGUCGAUCAAGAAGAUCACAAACAUGUCAUUCCUCUCCACCAAAGCGCAACUCGUACACAAGUCUCCCCUCCCACCGAAGAUCACCCGGGAGCAGGCGAUAGCACUCUUACAAGACCACGAGUUCCUUCUCUCGUGCGACCCUCAUCUCGCCAAAUGCGAACCUCUUGCCCUCAAUGCGCCGCCAGUCGUUCCAAGCGCUGUGCAGCCGCGAAUGCUAGGCGAGACAAAGUCCUACAAGGUCACCGAUGUUAUACACACGCUGCCCGCCGGGUUGUGGGACAGCAACGUUGUCAGCACGUAUGAGUUUGCGAAGCUGGAUACUGGCCUCUUUGUCCGAAUCAGAAGCCCGCUCUCAAUGGUCAUGGAGACCGUGUGGGAGAUCAAUGAGGGGCCAGAUGGGAGGUUGGAGAUUGUGGAAAAUGUAGAGAUCAGCUGUUCGAGGCUGUUGAUUGGAAUUGCCAAAGGUCAAUGUGAAAAUGCUUGGGAAGGAAUUCAUGGGAAGAUGGUGAAGAGAUUGGAGGGUUCAGGCGAGGCACCGUAGAUCGAGCUCUUGAGUCUCUGUUGGAAUGGUCAGCGAGAAGGAUCUGAGCCUGUUGUGGAUCUGGAACAUGCGCGAUCUUCCUUUCGGGCAGACGUGAAGAUAUUUGUAUCAAAUGACAGGAGACCGUGAACUAAAUGAAGAGAGGUGCUUUUGUUGUUGGUUGACGUCCAUGUUUUACCACCUUACAUACCUACACAUUGAUAGAGACCCGCUACAGGGCUGGAUCUAAGACCUGGGACCGCUG